AUGAUUUAAAUGCUGCAAUAAAUGAGAAUGAUAUGUUUCAAGAUCCGUUCAUCUCAGAACCACCAGGGAAGUGUGCAUCCCUAGUUGACCAUCAUGUAUAUAAAGUGAUGAUAGCCCAACCUGAGAGCUGCAAGCUGAUGAAUCCAAGCUCAAAUAUGUCUUCCAUGGAAGAGCCUCUGCUGCCUUUAGUCCGCUGCGAUCAAAAGCCCCCUUCUUCCAUGCAAGACAGAAGCAAAUUCUGUGAUGUCCCAAACCGGUGCACAACUUCUUUUCAUCCAAACAGUAAUUCCAAAGCUAACUUUUGUACUCUCGAUCAUCCUCCAUCCACUCUGGAUAACAGCAAUAUAGUAUCCACACCAGCUUUGCAUCGGGUGCGUUCUUCACCUUCUGUAUUCACAGCAAUCAAAGAGGCUCCUGGUGCAGAUGAGCUUGAUGAGCAAGGUCAUGCUGCACAAUACACACCGUCAGUUACAAGGCAGGCUAUUGCUAGUGUCAUCCUAUACAUCUCAAUAGGAGUCCUCGUGUACAUGACAAAUGUUGAAGGAUUCAAGGGAAAAUCCACGUUCAAGUUAGUGGAUGCUCUUUACUUCACCAUCAUAAGCUUGUGCACCAUAGGGUACGGAGACAUAGUUCCAUGUACUACCUUCACAAAGGUGUUCACAUGCUUGUUUCUACUCAUUGGUGUUCGCUUUAUUGACAUUAUGCUAAGUGGGCUGUUGACAAAUGUACUUGACAAGCAGAGAACUGUCCUGCUUAGCACAAUGGAUGAUAAUAAGCUCAACAAGGUAUUUGACACCUAUAUGAUCGAUGCUGAAAAGAAAAGGUCAAGUGGGAGGAUGAAAGUACUGCUUGCAUUAGGCGUUGUUGCAGGAUCUAUCUCGAUUUGUACAAUCAUAGUACAUGAGGUGGAGGGCCUGAAUUGGAUCGACAGCUUCUAUUUAUCAGUCAUUUCUGUGACAACAGUUGGAUAUGGGGAUUACAGCUUCUCAACAACAGCUGGAAGGAUCACUGCGACCGUGUGUCUGUUGGUGAGCACUUUGGCUGUUGGCAAGGCCUUUUUGUUCUUAACAGAUCUAAGGAUGAACAGAAGGAACCGACGAACUACAAAAUGGAUCCUUCAGAAGAAAAUGGACAAUCAGCCACUUGCUGCAGACCUAGAUAAUGAUGCAGCUGUAAGCAGUAAAUCAGACUUUCUGAUCUACAAACUCAAAGAGAUGGGGAAGAUCCAUGAGAAGGACAUCACAAUAAUCUCAGACCAGUUUGAUCAGCUAGGCCUUGGAAAAUGUGGAAAUGUUGGUCUUGCGGAAAUAAUUGCACAAUUAUGAGUAUAGCUUAUGUAACUUUGAUAAAUAUGUCAUGCCACAAUGAUAGAUAUUCUCUAAUACUUUCUUAACUAGCCAUCAAAAUCUCCACAUGUUCGGCAACCUAUUUAAUACCUUCGCAUGUAUUACAUGUAAUCAUACACUGUCUAUUGCAGUUGAUCUUGGAGUCAUAUAUUGUUCUACACAGUUUAA